AUGGCUCCUGCCAAAGUUGUUCCCAAAAAGAAAGCAUCUCCUCCCCCGGAUUCGACACUACAGGAGAGCGCCUCUCCGCCGCCACGCAAGGCAGCCAGGAGAACUUCGGCGCCUACCUUGCCAGUGAAUAUUCCACCUGGACAAGGCUGGCAAUUCUCUCCGACCAGAGAUACCUUCCCUGAGGAGAUAUCUUUUCAAAAUACCCCGAUUAAUACUAAUAAUACUCCUAUAAUGAACCACACCCCCUCGAUUUCCUUUUGUGAAGACUUGCUGGACACUUUCGGUGUGCCUAUAAUCCCAGAGACCACUGAAAUGGAAGUCUCGGGGUUCAUGCUGUCCGAUUCGGACUUUACUCCCCUAUCUCAUUCACUACCUCUCGAAUUAGAACACCCUGGCAUGACCCUAGCCGGCGAAGAGCCAAGCUUCUCGUCUAUACUGGAGGAUGGCAAUAAUGAAAUCGAAGAUAUAGUCCGCCAGUCAGAAACAGAUCUUCAGCUGUGGCCGGUCCAAGACCCACCACUCUUCUCCACCACUAUGGGCUCUGCAACAAAUCUACCAAUAAUGACCAAGCUCCUACAGCAACCAAAGCAACUUCCUGGAAGUGAGGAGGGUCUAAUAAUUCGUUUCGAUCGCUUAACUUGCGGUAUUCUCUCGGUGAAAGAUGGAUUGACAGAAAAUCCAUGGAGAACGUAUAUCUGGCCAAUGGCCAAAGAGUCCCCUGCCUUGUGCCACGCUGUUUUUGCCAUGGCUGCAUUUCACUCCUCCAACGAGAACUCGUCAAUGCGGGUCUUUGGCAUGGACCACAUGCGGAAAAGCAUUAAUUACAUGGUGCAAGGAAUGGUUCAAAUGCAAACAGAUGCGGCCUUGGCAACCACAUUAUCCUUGGCUUUUGCAGAAUCAUGGGAUCAACAGACCUCGACGGGAAUAUUACAUUUAAAAGGGGCCAAGGCUCUCAUGCGUCAGACGCUUAGAAACAGGCUACGCCGCCACACCCCAGCCGACGAGCGUGCAAGGCUUCGCUUUUUAUAUAAUACCUGGUUAUAUAUGGAUGUCAUUGCUCGGCUGACGUCGGUAGAUGAGGGCGAUAAAGAGGAACUGGGCGGCGUGCCAUUUUCCCUUCCUACGAAUGGCAUCCAUGACGUCGAUCCUCUUAUGGGUUGUGCAACGACUCUGUUUCCUUUAAUUGGCCAGGUGGCGAAUCUCAUCCAGCGAGUAAGAAAAAGCGAGAAGAAUUCUUUCGUGAUCAUUUCCCAGGCUAGAGAGUUAAAGAAUGCAAUUGACCAAUGGGAUUUGCCCACGCAUUUUAACCCUCCGGAUGAUCCUCACUCUGAACUCCAAGACAGCAUUCAGACGGCAUAUGCAUAUAGAUGGGCAGUGCUUUUGUACCUUCAUCAAGCUGUGCCGGAGAUCCCGUCCCCAUCAUCCGCAGAGCUAGCAGAUAAUACGUUGAAGUUUUUAGCUACUGUACCUUUGACUUCUCGGACCAAUAUUGUCCACAUAUUCCCUCUUUUUGCAGCAAGCUGUGAGUUUGAAAACGAAGAGGACCGAGGCUGGAUUAUGGAUCGAUGGCAGAUGAUGCAGAAUCGCCUGAAAAUUGGUAACAUCGACCGUUGUGUCGACGUCAUUCGUGAAGUCUGGCGUAGGCGCGAUUUAGCUAGAGCGGAGAGAGGACGAACAAGAUCUCUUGACCGGGGGGAACCGAUUGCAGUAUCGCGCCCCGGUGCCCAGAAUGGCCUCUGUUUAGAGGAUAUACCUGCGACUUUGAUGGGUACAAGAGUUGUCUCUACAUUCUCUACCGUUGAAGAACUCAACUUUGAGCAGACAGUACGGGGAAGACACCACUGGGUGGGCGUCAUGAAAGAUUGGGAUUGGGAAGUUCUUCUGGGUUGA